AUGAACCUCUUUACUCCCAGGAUGGAGCCUUUUCAAAUCCUGACGUCCAGGCUAAACACCCCUGGAAUCAGGAGAUGACUAAGCAAUGUGAAAACCACAGAGAGAUGAACUUCAGUCACGCAGUUCUGAAUCAAUUGGGUGUUUGCAAAACACCUGACCACAACGUGGGUCCAGAAUACCCUUGGGCCCCAUCCAUGGCAGGACGCCCAUUCAACAGAAACAGAUCUGGUCACAACUCCAGGAGAGUCUCUGAGUGGCCACAGCAGAUUGUUUACCAGCCUUCUGCAGAGACACAAGCUUGUCAACAAAAACACUCUGGCCCAGACAGAGCAAUUAUCACAGAGGAUUCAGAAGACCCCUAUUAUGUCACCAUGUACUACCCAGACUCAGUGUAUGUAGACAUGUCAGACAUAGUUCCACCAGAGGUUAGACCCAAGCCUGCUGUCCCUGCCAAGCCCCCAAAUGUGGGCGCUCCUUCCCCUUCUAGUCCCUUCCCACCCCAGGGCCCCGUUGUGGGAGCCGGUGGCAUCGUUGUGCCCCCUCCAAGCGCUAUUCCGGUUCCCAUUGGAAGUCACGGCCCCAGCCACCCUGUCGGUCACAGCGUGGGUCACAGUGUGGGCCACAGUGUGGGCCACAGCGGUGGUCAUGCUGGGGGUCAUGCUCCAGUUCACAGUGUGGGUCACGGAGGCUCCCACAGCUCCGGAGGGGGCUCCACCCUGCUUGGCUACAUUGGUAUUGACACCAUCAUUGAGCAGAUGAGAAAGAAGACCAUGAAGACUGGCUUUGACUUCAACAUCAUGGUUGUUGGUCCCAGCGGCCUUGGAAAGUCGACUCUGGUGAACACCUUAUUCAAGUCCCAGGUGAGCAGGAAGAGUGCAGGAUGGUCACGUGACGAAAAGAUCCCCAAAACUGUAGAGAUCAAGUCAGUGUCUCACGUGAUUGAAGAGGGUGGAGUCAAGAUGAAGCUGACGGUUGUUGACACUCCCGGCUUUGGAGACCAAAUCAACAAUGACAACUGCUGGGAGCCCAUUUCUAAGUACAUCAAUGAGCAGUUUGAGAAGUUCUUGAAAGAAGAGGUGAACAUUACCAGAAAGAAGCGAAUCCCCGACACCAGAGUGCACUGCUGCGUCUACUUUAUUCCCCCAACUGGACACUCUCUUCGACAACUGGAUGUCGAGUUCAUGAAGCGCCUGAGUCACUCAGUGAACAUCAUUCCAGUGAUCGCAAAGUCUGACACAAUGACUGUCGAGGAGCGACAAGAGUUCAAACAGCGUGUUAGGAAGGAGCUGGAAAUGAACGGGAUUGAGUUUUACCCGCAGAAAGAGUUUGAUGAUGACAUAGAGGACAAGAGUGACAACGACAAGAUCAGGGAAAUGAUGCCCUUUGCUGUGGUGGGAAGUGAUAAAGAAUACCAAGUGAACGGGAAGCGAGUCCUGGGGAGGAAGACGCCGUGGGGAAUCAUAGAAGUUGAAAAUCCGAACCAUUGUGAGUUUGCUCAGCUGAGAGAUUUCCUGAUCAGGUCCCACCUCCAGGAUUUGAAGGAGGUCACUCACAACAUUCACUACGAGACGUACCGUGCCAAGAGACUGAACGACAACGGAGGUCUGCACCCCAUCACUUCAAAUGACACCCAGGAAAGCAACCUGUAGUCAGGCAGUGAAAGAAUCGAUCAGGAUGAAAACAGUGCAAUGAAGCUCAUAUAGGAGUCUAUAAGAAAAUGUAUGAUUUUCACCCCCAGCUUUGCUGCAUGAGUGAAAUAACUGUUAUCAGUCUGUAAAACUUGGUGUCAACUCUGUUUGCCUCCCUCUCCGUGUUAAACCCAUCCAACAUAUGCGCAUCUUUUCCCCUAAGGGACACCAUCUGAUGAGGGUUUAAUGGAAAAUCGGUGAUAUGCCUCAGCCAAGAUAAAACAUGAUUACAUUACAUCUCCGACUUGUGCAUAGCAGCUGGCUUUAGGAGCUGCUUGCUGCUGCUCUCCCCUCUCUUCUAUGGGGUAUUUGCAGAUGUCUGUUUACAAAUGAAUUGCAAUAACUCCUAAAGAGAGUCAGCAGUUCACAUUCUGUCAACAUGUAAUAACAAGCAUAUCAUAUCAAGCUGAGCUCAGACUACAACUCUGAAGCCUUUUUCCCCCUGAAUAGUUAGACACAGCAUUUAACACAAACUAAUGUGAUCUCCAGCCGAAUUUAUUUUCUCCAGCACAUUCACGAUCCGCGUUACCUGACCUUUACUUUGCAUCCAUUCCUCGUUUAAGUUUUUACGCAACAACGUGAGCGAUUACGGCUGAAAUUGGCUCAUUCUUGAGGGGGUUUGUAGUUUACUUUUUUGUCACUUUUCUUUAAUGUUGUGUUCAAUGACAGCAACAAAAAUGUUGAAUUUUGAGUUUAUGUGUGGAGAGCAACUUAUAAGAGAAUAAUGAGUCCGAUUUUCAAGUCUGGGUGUAAAACACUAUACUGUCAAUGCUUUCUGACUUUAAAUGUAAUAUGUAAGUUCUGAUUAUAAUUUAACAUUACGUAGUACAACAGAGGCAGCAGGAUAUGAAGUCAAACUGUGGCUGGCAUGCGGAUAGGAAGCAGAGAUGCAGCAGUUAAUCAGCCAGAGACCCAAAGUGGAUAAUUUUCCCCAUUGAUCGGCUUUGAUCAGCUAAGAACUCCCACCAAACAUAAUGAAAUUUGAUGCUCUUUAAUCAGACUUUGAUGGUUAUUAUUUUGCAGGUUCUUUUUUGAUUGAUUCAAAAUUGCUUCAAAACAUCUGACUGGGUGAAAAUCUGAAUCUGCGGGUCAAAUCCAAAAGUGUUCAGAAUUGGUAAUGAUUUGAAAAGGCCUGAUUAAUGCAUCUCUGCUUAGAUGACAUUUCGUCUGCUUCAAAAAGGAUUAUUUCUACCUGGAAAUUUGCACUGAAAUAGAUUUUUUUGAAUGGGUGACCAAAAAUCACCAUACUAUUGUCCGUUUUUUUUUGUUUUUUUUUUCCCCCAUUUCUUGGCUGCAAAGACCGAAACAUACGCUGUCGAGCAUUAGAAGUUGAAAUAAUAAGAAAUCUUUUGUUUUAUGGUUUACUUACGUAAAACCAAUUACGGUGAGACAUAGUGCCAUUUUAAAUGAACUUUUUUUUAUCCGUUUUUAAAAAUCUUAUAAGGUGCCACAUUAAGAAGUGUACAAUUAACUAAUAGAGAUUCUAGAAUUGUAUCUGAUUUUCUGUGCAGCGGGGAGUAACGAGCCAGCUCUGCUAAAGAUUAAAAUUCUCUGCAGCUGCUGCUUGAAUACACAAAAGAUCCCUGUGGCUUUGUUGUCAGAAGGUCCUAACAAACCUAACAAGCUGUGCUGUCUUCUUCAAUUACCAACUCCAGUAAAGAAACAUUUCUGUAAUAUUCCCUCACCCGGCUCAGUUCAACCUUUUUUAAAUUGGAGACAGCAGCGGUUUUAUCCACUUUAUAUUACAGCAGAUGAGGACUUAGGUUUAAAUGGGAAUGAUCCAGCUGAACUCUUGCAUGGGCUUCGUGUGCUCCUGCAACGACACCUUGAGUAUGUUUAACUAGAUGAUCAUAGAUUCAGAUGGAUUUUUAGUAAUUGUGAAUAUUUUUACACUUAAACAGAUGACAAGCUUUUAGAUUAAUUCAGUAUAUAUUCAUAUAUAGGACAUAGCAUUUGAAAGACACUAAUCUCUGCACUAAGGUUUUCUUUUAAUCACAUGCUCUGACUUUACAAAAAAAAAAAAAACAUUUUCCAGUUUUGUCACCAGUGUGUUAUCUUUGCAUGGCCGAAAUCUGAGCAGGAUUUUUAAAAGAUAUCUGCAAAAUAAACUGGUAUGUGGUCUGUUUACUAAGCGUGAGAACAGAGCUAAAAAAAUGUGUACUGCCAGUUUCAAAUUAAAUUCCACAUGCUCACCACUUGGUGGCAGCACUACGCAACAUUAAGACAGGAUCAAAAAAGACUUCAGUUGCUCUGACUUUUUUUUUUUUUUCCUAAAAAGGUUUACAGAGUUUGCCAACAUCUCUCAUCGUGUCAGGUUUAUGAAAAACUUUAAUGUUAAAUACUCAAAUUAUGUGCACUGAAUUAAGCGAGCUGUAAACGUGUUUACCGGGUUUUCUUCAAGACUUAAGCAUUUAUAAAUGUUCCGCCAUGUACAGUCAUGGCCAAAAGUUUUGAGAAUGACACAAAUAUUAGAUUUUCACAUGAUCUGCUGCCCUCUGGUUUUCA